AAGACAUUGUAUCACAGUACAAUACACAUAUAAUUCAAUGCCCUUUCAUGUUUUGUAUCACGUAUCACUAGUUCGUCAUUCCCCCUAGUCUGACCGAGAAUCAACCGACCUCGAAUCGCAAGACAAACUUGUUUUUCUAGACCAAACUGAGCCACAUCAUUCAUCUACCAACAUCCACACCACGUGUUACAAUCUCAAAAUGAACAUGAACAUGCCCCACGCAUUGCGCUCGAUGAUGUCUCCGCGUCACAAGGCACGGCGCUCCGUUGCCUUUUCCAACGCCGCACCAGAAGUCCGCUUCAUCCCAGCAGGCUACACUUCCUGGCCCAACGGCGAGACCUCAGUAGCGCCAUCACAGCAUGAGAUCAUAAACGCAAAAGCAUUGACAAACCAAGCAUUUGAAGCCGCAGCCGCGGAGGAGAGACUGGGUUGGGACCGCUCGCGGACUGGACGACGCCCUGUUAAUACAGAUCAACCCAGGAGAGAAGAAACGUAUCGCCCACGUGAGCAGCGUGCUAGGGCAGCAUCCGAGUCGUAUCCCGCUUCUUCAGGUGGCUACCGCGUGCAGACUCAAGCGGGUACAACCGCGCCUUCCAACGCCCGACUACCCCGGAAACCGGUCCCUGGAUCGCAGGCGCCCGUGCAGUACGCGGAUCCUAGGCGGAGUGCUCCGACUCUCCAGCAAUCGAAUUAUGGUGCGACAAGACCUCGGAGUCGUUCAAAUGUGGAACCUGGGAUGAGAGAACCGCGGCAUUACGUGACGGAUCCAAAUCCGCCGCAGGUAGUCGACAAGAAAGAGCCGUCGUUUGUUAGUGGGUUGAAGACGGCCAAGACGUUUGCGAAGAAGGUGGUUAAAGAGACGGCUGAGAAGUUGGAUGCGAGGCAUUCACAGAAUGGGUAGAGUUUGGGCCGCGGGGAUGGAGUAGGUUGGCGUGGAGCGAAUGAGGAUCGACGAUUUUGAAAGCCGUUAGAACGGUUGUCAGACCGUCGGUUUAGCUCAACGGUCGAGACGGUUGAAUCACGUGGUGCGACGCUUAGAGAGGGUCUUUCGCAUCACAACCCUUUCGACACAGAACGACAACGAAAUGCGAUCACAUAUCCAUGAGAAAAGGAUCACGGCUCCGGAUGGUGACUUUGCUGUGU